AUGGUGACUGCCAAGGCAUGGGUUCUGAAGAAGCAUUUUGAGGGUUUCCCCAAAAACAGUGACUUUGAGCUGAAAAAGAUAGAGCUGCCAGACCUAAAGGAUGGAGAGUUGCUGCUUGAAUCAGUGUUUCUCAGUGUUGAUCCUUACAUGAGACCUUACAGUCAAAGGGACAUGAAGGAGGGGGACAUAAUGAUAGGCACGCAAGUUGCCAGGAUUGUAGAAAGCAAGAAUCCCGCUUUUAAAGUGGGGGCAUUUGUUGUGGCUGGAAGUGGCUGGAGAACUCAUUCUAUCUCUUCUGGCAAAGACCUACAACUCCUUCCUUCCAGUUGGCCGGAAUCACUCCCCAGAUCUCUGGCUCUUGGGACAGUUGGCAUGCCAGGCCUCACUGCGUAUUUUGGUCUGCUGGAGGUCUGCAAGAUGAAGCCAGGAGACACAGUGCUGGUUAAUGCUGCAGCUGGUGCUGUGGGCUCUGUGGUGGGGCAGCUCGCUAAAAUUGGG